CCAGCCUUUUCAGUUAAUGACGUUACACCGAAUGAAGAGGGCGCCACUAUUAUCCGAUCUUAUACUGAGGUUGAUUAUCCCUCCGACGAACAGCAACUCCGGGAUAUGGGUAAAAAUGACAUGAUGAUCUCCCUUAUUUCAGCAGUGUGCAGCAAUAUUCAUCUUGUUGACCUUGGGACCUGGGAGCCUCCUGUACCAAGGAUAUUAAAUACGGAUGGCUUCGUAAUGGAUCUCAACGCUAAAGGCAACAAAGACAUUGGAAAUCUUGAUAAUGUAGUAAAAGAUUCAGACAAUGAAACUAUUGAUCCGGCAACAUUGGCUAUACAAGAUGUAAUGAUGAAGAUGAUUAAUUUCACAAGAAACGUUUUGGAAAAAGACUUGAAUGGAAGUAGAAGUGGCGACAAACUUUUAGCUUCACUUGUGACAAAUGCAUUCACAAACUUUGCUGCCAAGCCCCAGUACCUUAACUAUGACAGUUUGACAAUUAUUAUAUACAUGGCACGGAUAGUUGGAAUUGAUGCACUGUUUCCUCAGAACACGACUGGACAUUCGGCGGCGCAGACUGAAACAUCCUCCGGAGAAAUAUACUACAUGUUUCAAGCGAUUGUGCAAGCUUCUGUUCCAGAUGAUUUUGUAGAAAUACGAUCGGUUGGUAACCUUGUGUCAGGCAGGUCGCAAGUCAAUGAGAUGCUGUCGGCGUUAGGACAGAAUAUCAGCCUUGACGACUCUGAGCUAUCACCGGUUGAAAGAGCCUAUCUCUAUAUACGAAUGCAGCGUCGACUCAAAUUUUACACACAGGAUAAAAAAGAAACGGCAAGGAAAGCGGCAUACAUGGCAAUUGACUUAGCUCAAGAAGUCCAAAACCAGUUGAAACUGUGCAGGAUGUGUAACAAUCAAAACAGUACCCGCACUAAUCAGUUAAUUAAGAAGGGGAAAACGAGCUCUUUUAUGACUGAGAUGACGGCGACUGCAACUUCUAAAUUCCGAAUUGACGGCCUCAAUAAGUCACUUGAAAAUGAAAGCAGUACAAAUAUAUUUGGCACGGUUUCAUUGUCAGCAUUUGAAUUUCCGGAAAAUGUGUUUAUGUAUGAUAACGACGGUACGUCUAGCUACGUUACAUCGAAGGUGCUUCGAAUUGACAUCAAAUCAACAGAAAAACGUGUUACUCCUGGAUACAUGACCUUUGAGCAAAAAGUCAUUACGCCAAUCCCAGAGCACGUAAUUCCCGCGGUUGAUGAAGAAGACGCAUCAGAUUUCAUGUAUCACAAAUUCAUUUAUCAGAAGGAAACAGACGAUUUAUGUCUUAUUAUUUUACCUGUAGGUCGAUACAAUUUUACAAGAUACCUAGUGUAUAUAAAGUUUAGUCAAUCUCCUUCAAUAAUUGACUACGACUUUAAAUUUCAUGUUGAGAAACAUGAGAACUGGCAGACAUGCAUCCUGCAUGAGAAGAUGAAAAACCACACAGGACUGACGUUUAUGGCUGUUAGCUUACCAGGAACAAUGAGAAAUAUUGCAUACAACUUGACGAUUGUAACGGUGGGAUGUCUAACAUGGGAGGAGGAAGCUACAAAAUGGCAUACAGAUAAGUGUGAGCUUGAAUGGAAACCAAAAGAAGAACUCGUGUCCUGCUUUUGUCGGGAGAUCACUGAUCUGGUGUUUUCUAACUCUUUUUUCACGGCACCAAACUCCAUAGAUUUCUCAGCUGUACUUCUGAAGUUCUCUCCCUUGAACCAGGCUGCUGUAUUGGGUACAUUUAGUGUACUUUUUGUGGGCUAUAUUUUAGCAGUCUUAUUCUUAACUGGUUUGGAUAGACGAGAUGCAUUAAAGUGGGGCAUCACACCGGUUCGAGAUAACUUUUUCACUGAUAAACACUUUUAUAUCAUAAAAGUAUAUACCGGUAUGAGACGAGGGGCAGGAACAAAGUCACGUGUCGCUUUUAUCUUAACUGGAACUGAUGGAAAUACCGGACCAAGGGAGUUGUAUGAUGGAGUUAGAGAGGAAUUCAGCACUGGCAGCAUUAUGUCGUUUUUCCUUGCAACAAAAGCGCACCUUGGUGAUUUACAACAUCUGUAUAUCUGGCACGAUAAUAGCGGAGAAGAAUGGUACCUUAACCAAAUCGUCGUCUAUGAUAUAGGGACGUGUACAGUGCAUACUUUUGUGGCUGAGAGAUGGCUAUCGGUAGAAACAAGUUUAGAUGCACACUUAACCUCAAGUCCAGCAAGUCGUCCUAUAAAGUUCGAAUCCCGGUUCUUUUACCAACUCAGAGACCGAUUUUCUCAAAACCACAUGUGGAUAUCAAUACUGUACCGGCCUCAGACAAGCACCUUUACAAGAGUCCAAAGAGUAUCAUGCGCCCUUGCAUAUAUAUUUCUUACCAUGCUUGCUAACGCCAUGUAUUUCAAUCCCGAACCUGAUUACGUAUCACCGGCGAUUCUACAAGUUGGACCUUUUCGGUUUUCAAAACAACAGAUAUAUAUUUCAAUGGUUUGUGCAUUGAUUACAACACCUCCAAUCAUGCUAAUUGUCUACCUGUUUCAACACACAAAGAAAAGGCGCGAUUGUUGUAUGGGGUGCAAAGGUUGUUGCAGAUGUAAUUCAUUCUGCCGAAAAAAAAGCGAUAAUCUGGCUGAAGAUCUGCUUAGAACCAAACUGCUGUCUUCGGAGGUACCAGAUUUAAGAGGGAAGCUGCAUUUUCCAUACUGGUUUGUGUACAUCAAUUGGUUCAUACUGCUUGCUGCUAUCCUGGUUCCAGCGUUUUUCAUUUUACUGUACAGUAUAGAAUGGGGCAAACAAAAGUCUGAAGAGUGGCUUACCACAUUCUUCCUGUCCUUAUUCGAAUCGAUAUUGCUUGUUGAUCCAGUAUUGGUUAUUUGCAUCGUUUUUGUACUCAGCAUGUUGAUACGAUCAAAUACACUUGACACUCACAUAGAUAUAGAAGAUAUUGUCAAAAGGUACAAGCGUAUGAUGGGGCAUGACGAAGGUGAUUUACCAUUGACCAUAAAGAUCUUAAAAUCGAUCAGAGAUGACAUCAACACCCUUGAAUCAAAUCCAAGACGGGUUACCCCACCACUUCAGGGACAUGGUCUGGUCGUGGCUGCAGAGAGAGAUCGACGGCAUACCAUAGUGUCGUCUUUUAUAAAAGACAUUCUCCUCAAUCUGUUUUUGAUAUUCAUCAUAUUUAGCAUCUGUUAUGCCAAUAGAGACGACCGAUCGUAUCUACUUCAUUCGGAAAUUGUUAACAGUAUCGUUGAACCUUGGAAACUACCACAGUUUCAAGCUAUUAAAACACCAGGUGAUCUAUACAACUGGCUGAAUAUUUCGGUGAUACCAAGUUUGUUCCCCGAAUUCGAUGCAAACGGUGCUCCUCUACAUUGGACUUUGCGUCAGUUCACAACUGGCUAUAACAAUUUUCGACUGGGACCUCCUCGGCUUCGACAGCUUAGAGCCAAAAAUAGUACAUGCGUUAUACCUUAUAUUGGGAGUAUACCCUGUUAUGGAAAGUACGAAAUUCUAGACGACGAGGAAGGAGACUUCUGUCUAGGAUGGUCAGUACCGCCAUGCCCUUCUUCUCAGCUCGUCUUCAAUGCUUCUUCUGCCGCUUGGAGCUUUAUUUCGGCCUAUGACAUAUGGGGUUUCCCUACAUCUGGAGUGUAUACAACUUACGGCGGCGGUGGAUACAUCGCUUCUUUUGACGUUAACCGGAACAUUUCUAUUAGCAUACUAAAUGAACUCUUCGCAAACUUGUGGAUGGACAGACACACCCGAGCAGUUCUAUUUGAAUUUACGCUUUAUAAUGCAGCAACAAAUAUAUUUAUCUACAAUGUCUUCGUAACCGAGUUUCUUCAAACAGGAGGAGCGUUUACUUCUUAUUCUACAUACCCCGUUCGCGUUUACACCCAUCUAGGUCCCACUGGUACAUUUACAUUAGUGUGCGAAAUAAUAUUUGUCAUCUAUCUCAUUACAAUAUUUGUAAAAAUUUGCGUAAGGUUAUACCAACAACGUUUUGGCUUCUUUAAAGAAUUUUGGCGAGUUUAUGAGAUGGUAAUGUUUACUUUAGGCCUGGUUAUAAUCGUAGUUUAUGCUAUUCGACUUGGAAUGGCAUUUGAAACAAUUAAGCAAUUUAAGAAAGACAAGAAGCUUUUCGUAAACUUUGGUCAUAUCAUUUUAUGGGAUCAAGUUCUUGUGUCAUCAUUGGCAUUUCUAAUAUUUAUGGCAACUUUAAGAAUGUUAGAAAUAGUUGCUAGUUCCAAAAAAGUCAACGCUGUUUUAAGAGUGUUUCAUGAGUGUGGCAAAGAUCUUUUCUGGUACAGCAUGACUUUCUUACACAUCUUUAUGGCGUUUUGUUUGCUGGGCUUACUGAUGUUUGGGUCACAGCUCCAAUCGUACAAGAACAUUUUCAAAAGUAUGGGGACGUUGUUCAUAGCUUUGAUCGGAAAGAGUAAAUUUACAGAAAUUAACGAAAAACAACCUGUGUAUGCAAAGAUCUUUUUCUCGUUUUAUAUUUUGACUGUUGUUUUCUUCGUUCUGUCAAUAUUUCUGUCAAUACUCGGAGCAAGUAUAGACAACGUGGUGAAUGACACUAGGAAAGAUCCCAGGGAAGAUAUAGUAGAAUACAUGCUGAAGACUGUGCGUGGAUUGUUCACUAAACGGGCAGGAAAAACAGAAAUGAGAGCUGCUACACCAGCUACCGGAAGUCCUAUACGAGAAGAAACGCUGAGCGCUCAGCUGUUACCAGCUCGUGAAACCACACCUAUCCCAUCUAUAACUGAAGAGGCAGCAUCUAAUGUUGAGGAAGAAAUAAGAUCCUUUGUAAGCAAGGAGUCCGAACAUGCUAUCAGCAUGCCACCCGUAGAAGAAGUAAAACACACGACAUUGUCUCGCUUUUACAUGUAUGCUAAACCUAGCAAAUCAGAGGCAGCAUCUAAAGUUGAGGAAGAAAUAAGAUCCUUUGUAAGCAAGGAACCCAAACAUGCUAUCAACAUGCCACAUGUAGAAGAAGUAAAACACACGACAUUGUCUCGCUUUUACAUGUAUGCUAAACCUAGCAAAACAGAGGCAGCAUCUAAAGUAGAGGAAGAAAUAAGAUCCUUUGUAAGAAAGGAACCCAAACAUGCUAUCAGCAUGCCACCCGUAGGAGAAGUAAAACACACGACAUUGUCUCGCUUUUACAUGUAUGAACCUAGCAAAUCAAAAUUUAAACAAAGACAUAAACGAACAAUAAAGUUUCCUUAGGAAUCAUAAACGUUUAACUGUUACGGAGAAUGCUAUAAAACAAGACAGCAGGUUUACAAUGCUAUUUUAUACAGUGUGCAAGUGUUUUAGUGGUGUUUUUUUUAAUAUUCAAAAAGUAUUGCAAUUUCUAUCAGUUUUACCAUUUUUGUAUUUCCAUGACAUCAAGCUUGCAAUCAUCUAUUCCUCAAGGUCAUUUACUGCAAAUUACUUCUAAGUGUUAAGCUUAUACAUUAAAAUCUGUAAGCAUAUCAUUUUGAAGCAUAGAUAGUGUGAUUGAGUCUGUUCAUGAAUGAAAUGUAAAACACCGCUAACACCGCUUAGCACCGGCUUAAGCGAAAUUCUAUCCAGGUAUGAGUCCAGGUAUGUGAAAACUUUUUACAGCCACUACAGCCCGCUGUUGUGUAUCAUAAAUGUAUGUCCAUGUUUCGGUGAAAUGUUCAUCUAAUUUCAGCCCUAGAUUACUGCAACUAAACUGCUUUGUUAUUAGUCCCUAAGCCAGUUUUUUCGGACCCUUAUUUCUCUGCCAACUGCAAGGCAUUGAGCACACGCGUAUAUGGCUAGGUUUUGAUAAUGAUUUAAAGAAACAUUGUGUUUUAUGUACCGUGUCUUAAGUUUCCAUUGCUUAACUUGGCAGAGAUUACUUUUAUUCAUAUUGGAACAUAAUGGGGCUGAAAACUAAAGGUUUUACACACUGUCUGAGCACAAUUAUCCGGUUUAAGCUUCUCAGUGAUACUCUUGUCUCUAACCGUACCAAUGCAGUGUGCACUGUGUUUCUGUAUUUUUUCGUUUCCUCCUCAGUGUAUGUAUGUUUUACAUGGUCAAUAUAUUUUUGUAUGAACAUCAUUAAGUACACAUCCGUACAGUACAUUGCACUAAGCUAUGACUUGAGGGGCUGUAUUCUUGAAAUAGGUCAUUUCAUGUAAGAUCUUAACACUUUUUAGGGCCUCGUGGCCAUUUUGUUACAAUUAUUUACCCGAGCGUAUUUGUGUUCUGAUGGAUUUGAGAACAAUUUAGUUAACCUAAAUUUUCUUUAAAUAGCCUUCUUCUCCUUUUGCCAAUGUAAAAUGUCGCGCAUAUUUCCGCUGCAAAACUCAUGCAUAUUGCCUGAUGCAAAGCUAAUAUCCUAAAAAUAAUACUCUUUUCAGCAAAAAAAAAUCAUAAAACAUAUUUAUAGAUAUCAAAUGGCCAUUUUUCACAAAAAUAUUUUAUCUUUAGAUAUUUACUUCAAAUUUUUAAAAUCCUUAUGAAUUACCAGAUAUAUAAGUUUGCAUAUAGAACUAAUUUUAUGUCAUGCAGUAAAAGUUGAUUGUUUAUUUAUACUGUGUUAUCUAUACAUGUAUACAGUUUGUAGUAUUUCAAACAUGAUGCAUAAUACUGUUAAUACAUAUAAACUUGUUAAUUUUAUGUUUACUUUAAAUAUGAAAUUUGGAUCUAAUAUUCCUUUAAAAGACAACAUCAUCUCAUA